CACGGACGCGGCGUCCAACGCUGGAGCGACGGUCGCGUCUACGAUGGGGACUGGGUCCACGACCACCGACACGGAUACGGGACGUACCAAUGGCCGACGCACGGGGACACGCACCGUGUCGAGUACGUUGGGGACUUGGUCCGGAACGUACGACACGGACAAGGCCGGUACGUCGACGAACGAGUCGGUAUCGAGUACGAAGGAGCCUGGCAGAACGGAACCUAUCACGGAUACGGAACACUGUCCUUCGCUUCCGGGGACGUCUACGAAGGAGAAUUCUCCGACGGUACUCGUCAAGGCUCCGGUACGUACACCUGGAAAGAUGGUCGCUCGUAUACGGGUCACUUUGAACAAAAUGCCCGCGCCGGUACCGGAACUAUGAGUUUCCCCAACGGCGACUACUACGAAGGUGCCUUUGUGCAAGGCAAACGACAAGGCUACGGACGAUUUCUCUUUGCGGACGGUGCCCUCUACGAAGGAUCCUGGCACGAAGGAUUGUACUCGGGACCGCAAGGGCCCGGAAGUUACAUAUGGAAAGAUGGCCGCACGUACGUAGGUCACUACAAGGACGAUUUGCGCGAUGGCGAGGGCGUUUUUUGCUACCCGUCGGGCGAAAAGUACGAAGGAUCCUUUUGUAGAGGACAACGCAAUGGCUUUGGUGUAUUUACGUUCGACGCUGGUCAUACCUAUGCGGGAAGCUGGGUGGACGGCAUGCGCCACGGACGAGGACGGUGUGUCUUUUCCGACCAGUCAGUUUAUGAAGGAGAGUUCCGCGAAGGAGAAUUUUUUGGAUAUGGCCGAAUGUCUUGGAGUGAUGGCGGGUGGUACGAAGGCGAAUGGUUCAACGGUGAAAUGCAUGGUCGAGGAAAGGAGGUCCGUCCUGAUAAUUCUCUGAGGCACGAAGGAGACUGGGCCAAAGGGCAGCCAAUCCGGCAUUAG